AUGCCACUAAAGGUCAUUGUCGUUGGUGCAGGCCUGGGAGGCUUGGGCGCAGCUAUUGCGUUGAAUCGGGCCGGACACGAUGUUCAGGUUAUUGAACAGUCCGGAUUCCUCAACGAGGUCGGUGCAGCUAUUCACGUUGCCCCUAACGCAAGUCGCAUCCUGAGAGAAUGGGGCUGCGACUUCACAAACCUAGAGGCAUCCCCAUGCAAUCGACUUCAAGUGUGGAACUCAGCGGGUGAACUGCUUUGGACUCCUAUUGUGACCAAGGAACUCCAAACAACACUGGAUAUACAUGAUGACUGGCUCUUGACUCAUCGUGUUGAUCUACACAACGCCCUUCGGGUGACAGCUGCGAAGGAGUUUAACGGCAGAAGAGUGAACGUCCGGUUGUCUUCUCGUGUGGAAUCAGUAGAUGCCGAGACGGGAGUUGUCUUACUCAAAGAUGGAGCUACGUUCUCUGGUGAUUUGAUCAUUGGUGCCGAUGGGAUUCACUCCCGAACCGUGAGCAGCGUCACCGGAGAGGAGCCACGGAAGGAAAGCACUGGUCAAAAUUGUUUUCGGUUCUUGAUUCCCGUUUCCAAGACACAGGACAAUGAAUUGGCUGCCUCUCUCUUGAAAAAGACUGGACUAGAUGGUCUCCACGCAUUCACAGCGAGCGACCGGCGACUUGUGUUCUACCCAUGCCGUCAGGGUCAACUGUUGAAUGUUGUCGGUAUUCACCCUGCAAGAGACGGCGUCUCGACAAAGGAUUCUUCCUGGCUGGAUUCCAGUAAUGUCGAACAUCUUUAUGAGACCUACCAAGAUUUUGGACCGGAGGUCCGAGAAAUGUGUCGCCUUGGUGAAGACGUGAAGCUGUGGAGUCUAGGAACCCGUUCGCCACCAACAAAAUUUGUCAAGGGUAAACUUGCUCUUGUGGGAGAUGCAGCACACCCGACUCUUCCCCAUCAAGGCCAGGGUGGUGCUCAGGCAUUCGAGGAUGGCGCAGCACUUGGUGCGCUGUUUCCCUCGGACACAACACCGGAGCAGGUAUCUGCACGCCUGGAGUUGUACAACAAGGUCCGCUAUGAGCGAGCAUUGACAGUCAUGAUGAUGUCAAAGACCCAUGACGAGCGCCGCGCCGAGAUGCUCGACGAAUUGCGCAAAUAUGUGCCGAAUGCCGAACUCCCCAAAGACAUGUUUUCUUUCACUUGGCCUUCCAAUCCAGCACAAGAUGCCCAGCGCCUGCUAGCUACUGAGGUAAAUGUCAAGAGGGCUGUGCUUGGUUAA